GCAUUCAGAAGUAUAUCUUCAGUGAUUGUGAAUGGAUGUGAAAUGUAGUGCUGCGUGUGACUUGUUCUUUCGUAUGUUGGUGGGAUUGAAAUAAGUCAACCUUGAAAGCUUCUGUCGUUUGCCGUUUGUGAUUGCAUCUCAUUCAUUGAUGUAUUAGAGAUUGGAGAGAUAGAAGAAUAACAUGAUGCAAACAAAUUUUACUGAAUUCAUGUGCAAUAAAGUGUUAAUGCAAAUUUUGUUCGAAUGCACAUGAGUGAUUCGUAUCGUCCAUGAAAUUUCUAUGAGAAUAUUCUCUACUGGAGCAGAAACCGCGAGUAAAAGUGUAGAUGUGUUAGUGAUCGUCGUAUUUAAGAAAAAAAUGCAUUUUACCUUCAAAUAGUAAUGUUCAAUGUUUUUUUCGGAAACAACCAACGCCGAAAGCAGAGUGUGAUAAAACACCGUCUGAAAUUUCUGAAUGGAGUACGCAGCAGCUAGUCUCAAUAAACUGAGUUAAAAAUAUUUUAGCUCGAAGAAUAACAGCAAACUAGGACAACUUAGAUGAUGUCAUAAUUUUGCUCCGAGCUUCGUUUGGAUACUACGUGUUUCGUAUGGAUUAUCGUGCAAAAAGUAUUGUGUAUAAUCGUCAUCAAUUCUCUCAAUAAAAUUUGUUUGGUUAUUGAAAUAAGUAAGUUAUGUUAACAACGCCGAAGUGAAGAUCAGAAAAAAAGCAAGCCAAUAGUGUUUUAUAAACCAUCUUUGGAAAUUUUGUGUAUUAGUGUACGUUUACACUUUCCACUUUGAUACGCUGUUUCGCUAUUGGUGUUAUGCUUUGACUAUAUUUUUUCUAUACAAAAGCACUUAAAGCUUUAUCUGUAUUGGAUGUAAACAAAUCGAAUGUUGUGUGUAUCUAUAAAACGUGUUAAAUGCAGUUUAUACCCUUAUCGUUGAAUUGUGUUAGAGUGACUAAUGCGAAUAAAGAAUAAGAGUUCAAUUUAGUGUAAAAACAAAAUAAAGUCUGAAAAAAUUAUGCCUUGUGAGAUAGCUUUCUGCAGUCAUUGGAACCAAACCCACCAACAAAUUCGCCAUAACGUAUUGUAAAAUGAUUGGCAGUUCAAACCCUACAUAUUGUGUCGUCACUAACAUUGUGCUUAUUUUGUUACUUCUGCAACUACCUUAAAAACUAAAAAAUGAAAAUGGAAAUACAGUCACUUGUCAAUGUUCAAUUCGUCUUAUUCCGGCAUUCGAUUGGCUGAACUGAAGCAUUAGUAGUUGUGGCAUAUAAAAUUGCGCCUGUGACCUAGUCUGUAAUAAUCACAGAGCAUCAUAAAGAUUGUUUGUUAAUAUUAUCAAAACAUUCUGGCCGCGCCAAGCUAUGGAUGAUGAAAUUCUGAAAACGGUUGAGUCUAUGCUGGGCACUAACAUUCAAGUGGUGGACUGCGAGAAAACACAAACAAUCAAAGAAGAAGAAGUUCUGCUCAUAAAUGGCGUUCCCGUCACACUGGAGGGCACAGAUGGAAAUGCCAUCAAAAAAGCCCUGAUAGCUGGCGAAAUUCCUUCGUGUGAAAUGCUCAAUCAGUUGCUCUUCCGUGCCGGAGUAUUGCGUCAACCAGUACAACUUGAAACAUCAUUGAGUGUUAAAACUAGUACCGUUACUACCGAGGAUAUCACAAUUGCCCGAAAUGGUCGGGUAUUGGAUGAAAGAUCCUGUGAGACAAAAGAAAACAACUACUAUACCAGUACUUCUAGUGAAAUCUGGGAACCGGUUGGCAAGCUUAAAAAGAAAAAGCAACAGGAAAUUAUCAACACGGCCACCGUUGAAGAUAUGCUCUCUAACCAGCUCAACAAUGGAUUGUACUUAGUAGCAAACGAAACCACCGAAAACGUCCCUGCACAUCCAAUACGCCAAAGCUCAACAUACAAUGAAUCUACCACAUCCUCAUCUACUGAGUCAAAUUAUUCUUCAUCUAGGCCAGUUAGCAAUGUUUCAAAUACUUCGUACGACAACUUCGUGUGUCAGAUGACGCCUGUGCACCCAAAGAUGAAAGAUUUAAACAAAUCGUACACCAAAAUAUCCUCAAAUAAACAAAGUGUAAGCUGUGAUUCCGGAAACGACGAGGUCACUCUUACUUCAAUCUACAGUAGCGGUAUUGGAGGCGGUCAAGAGUAUUAUCCCUUUAGUGACAUCUCCAAGACAAACACUACCAACUCAAUGCAGACCGAUUCGUCUCUUGGGUGCGAAUUUUCACCACCUACUUCAUUCCAUGAUGUACCAGAUUUCGCUGCUAUUCCGAGAAGCGGUUGCGCAACGUCGACAACGCAGCAUAAGAAACGUAACCGUAUCCUUCGAAGCAGACCGCAGCGAUAUACUCCAAAGAAUAAUGAUUCCAGCGCUAGUGGUGCAGAUGACCCCAAUCUCAACGAUGACAACUGCCUGAUGUAUAGGGAUGGGAACCUGGUUUCCGGAACGCUUGAGACUCUUAUCAAACAUAUGGUACCAACGGAUGAAUACUAUCCGGAUCAGUCAUAUCUGUUCGCAUUUCUUUUAAGUGCACGACUGUUUAUUAAACCGCACGAGCUUCUCCAACAAGUAUGUGAUAUUUGUCAUCAACAACAGCAACUGAACGUCCAUCUAAGCAACAAUAGCAAUGUUGUCGCUAGUCAGCAAAAAUCACAGAGCCUAGGACGUUUCGCAUGCAACUUCGUCCAGCUAUUGUCGGAAUGGAUUGAAACAUUCCCGUAUGAUUUCCGUGAUGAACGAGUUAUGCAACAUGUACGUGCAAUGACGCAAACAUGUAUCACUAUCGAUAACAAACUACGAACACGUGUUUCAACAUUACUGCAAAAUCUUUUGCAAAGAUUGAAAACAUUGGAAAGAUAUGAAGAGUUUCUGGACAAAAUAUCUGUGGAAGGUAACAAGGAAUCGGACAUCAAACCUAUGGAAAAUCAACGAGUUGAUUCCAAAAACAGCAGCACUAAUUUCCAUCAAGCUGCCGAAAAAUCAUCCUCUUCGAUACACCACCAAACAUCCUCUUCGACUUCUUCAGUGAACAGCAUUUCGUCAAUCAGUUCAACACUUUCUACUCCCGAUAUCACAGAUCUGUGUCCAAGCCCAUCAGUGCUCGCACAUCAGCUAACGCACAUUGAGCUCGAACGGUUAUCUUACAUCGGACCGGAAGAAUUUGUACAAGCCUUUGCCAAGGAGAAUCCCAAUCUAGAGAUUUCUAUAAAGGACAUGAAAAAGACUCGUAAUCUCGAGUCGUAUGUACAAUGGUUCAAUCGGUUGUCGUACAUAGUUGCUACCGAAGUGUGCAAACAUUCGAAGAAAAAGCAGCGGGCGAGAGUGAUUGAAUAUUGGAUCGAAACAGCUCGAGAAUCUUUUAAUAUUGGAAAUUUCAACACACUUAUGGCGAUAAUUGCUGGACUAAAUCUUUCUCCGAUCACACGGUUGAAAAAGACGUGGGCGAAAAUUCAGUCCGCCAAAUUUUCAAUUCUGGAGCACCAGAUGGAUCCUACAAGUAAUUUCAGUAGCUACCGAUCAACGCUCAAAGCAGCAAUGUGGCGUUCAGAAGGGGCUACUGACGAGCGACAACGAAUCGUUAUUCCAUUUUUUAGCCUACUAGUCAAGGAUUUGUAUUUCCUAAACGAAGGAUGUACCAACAAACUACCCAACGGUCAUAUAAAUUUCGAGAAAUUUUGGCAACUGGCCAAACAGGUCAACGAGUUUAUCGGGUGGAAGCAAGUCACGUGUCCUUACGAGAAAAAUAAUAAGAUUAUCAUGUUUCUGCAAACAAACAGUAUUUUGAACGAAAACACUUUGGCCAUGGCAUCGUUCGAUUGUGAGCCACCUGAGAAUAGUAGUGAAAAGGAUCGCUACAAAAGUUUGAAGCAUGAUCACCUUAACAACUGAAUUAAGAAAAAUAACAAAAAAUGAUCCGAGGUGCAUCAUCUGGCCGGAUAUAAUAAGUUUUGUAUAACUCCUAAACCCAACCUAAUGUAUUUUACAAUAACACAAAGUAUUCCAGAAGCAGAGAUCUACUUAUCAAAAACAAACUCGAAUACACAAGAAUCACGAAGCGAAGAAAUCUCUCAUUUGACACUGCAUUUAUCGAUUGAAGAUUUUUUAGAUAUUUUAUACCUUUUACGAACUUUUUAGAACUAAGCUAACAUCUAGUUAUAUUUAAUGCAUGUUUGUGAAACAUGAAACGUUACUGCGAAAACCAGAACGAAAUUUAUAAAACAAUAUUGCAUCAGUAACAAGUGUUGUACGAAAACAGAACGUACGCGUAGAUAACAUAUUCAAAAGAAAAACUACGGGAUAAGUUUUUUUAUUUCACCCAGUGAAACUUUAGGAUGCCUCUACACGUAUUUCAGAAAUAUGAAGGAAAGGCAACAGACCCCUAAUGACAGUAGACCAUUGUGAUUAGUUUUAUUCAAUUAUCGGCGCACUAGAUUUUAAGUAUUUAUUUGUUGUUGUUUUUUAUUAUAAUUUUAUAGCUUUUAUUUCGGUUUGUUUAUUUUUAUUUGUACUUUACGAAUAUAAUGUUUAUGUUCCGUAAACGUUCGCGCUUUUUUUCUUAGCUUUGAGGACACUAAUUGCUAAAACUUACUAAGUCACAAAACGGUAUUAUGAUAUAAUAAAGCAUGUCAAUAGUAA